GCUGCCCCCGGCACCGGGAAACUCUUCCGCUUUGCCCCGCCGCCCGCCGCCGCUCGCGGGACCCCUCAGCAGCCGCUUUGCAGCGCCCCUGCACGUCCCUGGCUGGGGCGUCGCUCUCCAGCCGCCUGGACUCCGCCGGUCCCGGAGCACUGGGCUCAAAAAUUCCGCUUCCCUGGAGUCUCCCUACCUAACUUCCAUUGGCAUCCCCAGAGUUUCAUGCAUAGUCCCCGUGGGAUUCUCUAAUGGUUCUGUCGCAAGAAAGGGGGAAGAACCAACUACAGGCGUGUGACUCAAAUCUGUAUCAUGGGCCCAGAAUUCGCUCCUGAGUUUCAGUUCCAGCGUCGCUUCUAGACACCAUGCCACAAGCAGAGUGAUCGACCUCUUCCCCCUGUUUUCAUGAUGGAAGACUCGGGAAAGACCUUCAGCUCUGAGGAGGAAGAAGCUAACUAUUGGAAAGAUCUGGCAAUGACCUACAAGCAGAGGGCAGAGAAUACGCAAGAGGAACUCCGAGAAUUCCAGGAGGGAAGCCGAGAAUAUGAAGCUGAACUGGAGACGCAGCUGCAACAAAUCGAAACCAGGAACAGAGACCUCCUGUCGGAAAAUAACCGCCUUCGCAUGGAGCUGGAAACCAUCAAGGAGAAGUUGGAAAUGCAGCAUUCCGAAGGCUACCGGCAGAUCUCAGCCUUGGAGGAUGAUCUUGCACAGACCAAAGCCAUCAAAGACCAAUUGCAGAAAUAUAUCAGAGAGCUGGAGCAAGCCAAUGACGACUUGGAAAGAGCCAAGCGAGCCACAAUCAUGUCUCUGGAAGACUUUGAGCAGCGCUUGAAUCAAGCCAUCGAAAGAAAUGCCUUCCUGGAAAGUGAACUUGACGAGAAGGAGAAUCUCCUUGAAUCCGUUCAGAGACUGAAGGAUGAAGCCAGGGAUUUGCGCCAGGAAUUGGCUGUACAACAGAAGCAGGAGAAACCCAGGACGCCCCUGCCCAGCUCAGUGGAAGCUGAAAGGACAGAUAUAGCUGUGCAGGCCACUGGCUCCAUACCGUCUACUCCCAUCACUCAUCGGGCACCCAGCUCCAGUUUAAACACACCAAGGACCUUCAGACGUGGCCUGGACGACUCCCUGGGAGGAACCCCCCUCACACCUGCAGCCCGGAUAUCGGCCCUCAACAUUGUGGGAGACCUGCUGCGGAAAGUGGGGGCACUGGAGUCCAAGCUUGCAUCCUGCCGGAACUUCGUGUACGAUCAGUCCCCAAACCGAACAGGUGGCCCAGCCUCGGGGCGGGGGAACAAGAACAGGGACAGCGGUGACAGACGGCCGAACAACACCAGCGUGCCUUUGGGGGACAAAGGGUUGGGAAAACGCCUGGAAUUUGGGAAGCUGCCUUCACACACAUCCUCACCAUCGCUGCCGUCAGCCCAGGGCGUAGUCAAGAUGUUGCUUUAGGAAAACCGUGGAAGCUGAAGCCCCUGGUGUUUGUGUAGGAGUUGUUACCUUCCUUCCCCUCUUUAUAUACCAAGUUGUUUUUUUAAGUUAGUUUGAGAUGUAAGAGCCAGCAGUCACCAUACUUCACUUUGUGGCCCAAGCUAAUGACUGAGGCCGUCAGCUGUGGCCCCUGGGGUUUGUUUGCCCCUGUGAAAGACGUCAUCAUUCCCAGCCUCCCUGUUGGUGUGCUCACUGCUAAGAGGGACAGACAAGGCCCUCUAGGAGGGGCUCUCAGGGAUGGGUGGCGAGGCUGCCCCCUCAUGCUGAGCUAACCCAGGAGUCCUGAAUAGCCUGCAGAGGUGUUCUCAAUGUCCUGCCUCAGAGUCUCCCACCCCCAUCCCCCAGUCAGCUGGAAUCAUCUUCCAGAACAAAAUCUCCCGAUGUUUCAUGGCGUACUGAAAUCAUGUCUAGGAGUGGAGAACAGAAUGGGCACAUGCCUUUUUUAAAUUGUGGGCGUGUACCUCUGAGUCUUUUUAAUUUACCUCCCUUUCAGGUGUAUUUGAGUUUCACAGUAAUUUUCAGGUCAACCAGGGUCAGUGGGAAAUCUCCGUCCCCUUUAGGUAAAUCCUAAACCAUUAGUUUUCCCAAGUCCCCUGCCCCGGUGUGGGGGUGACUUCUGCUCCUGAACCCUGGAGGUCUCUGGGGUAGAGUCGCUUUGGUAAUGCAGUCCCUAAUAACAGGACUUCAUUCAAAGCCAUAAUGAAGUAAGCAGGUGACCUUCAAGUAAGAUUAAAACACAAGAUUUUUGUUGGAAGCUUCCUCGUCAAAGAAA